GCGCGUGCAUUGAUUCAAACGGCUGAACUGAAGUCCUACUCUGGAGCGCGCGCGGGGAAAGGGCUGAUCUCCUCGAGCACAAAUCCGCAUAACCUCGUUUUACUGAGCGAUUUUGGUCAUUAAAUUAAAAGAAGAAAGAAAGUCAUACAAGUUUGAAAUGACAAGAGAGAUGACAAUACAAGAGUGACGUGUCUUGUCAGUGUGAGCCUGUGGUAGGCCGGAGGAUGUUGGACGAGGGUGAUGGAGAGGUGGUGGGGGUCAUUGAAGGAGUUGGUGGGCUUCAGGCAGAGGUGGAGAGGUUGACGGUCGAACUGCAGGAGGCCAACGAAGAAAAGUUACAAGCUGCACGAUAUGGCCUGGCCGUGCUGGAGGAGAGCGCUGCCCUGAAGAGCAAACACAGCCAGCUGGAGGAAGAGCAUGAAGCACUUAAGCUGGAGCUACAGGAGCUUAGAGAGGCCCUGGCGGACUCUGUCAACAGUCAUAAGCGUGCAGCUGCAGAUGGGGAAAGCCGAGAGGAGAGUCUCCUGCAAGAGACGGCCAGCAAAGAAGAGGCCAUGGCCAUACGCAUGGAUGAGCUGCAGGCGGAGCUUAAACAGGCCCGUGUCUUUCUGGCAAAUGCCACGGCUGAAAAUGACAGACUGGCUGGGCUUUCCGUUCACCUGAAGAAGGAUUGUGAGUGUUUGGAUGUGGAGAACAUGCGUGUAAAAGAGCAGCUGAAGGAGUACAAGACUCGAGAGGUCCAGCAGCUUCAAGACAACACUGAGCUGGAGGAGGAGAACAUCUCCCUGCAGAAACAAGUCUCUGUGCUGAAGGAGAACCAGGUGGAGUUUGAAUCGGUGAAGCUGGAGUUGACUCAUAAAGAAGAAGAGCUGGAGCUGCUGAGGGCGCAAUGUGAAGAGGCUGGACGUCUGCGGGAGAUCGCAGAGCAUCAGCUGGAAGAGGCUUUGGAGGCUCUGAAAGAGGAGCGAGAGCAGAAAAACAGCCUGAGACGAGAACUAGCCAUCCUAAACCUCAACCCCUUUGACUCCAUCAGCCACCUGGAGAUACAGCUGGAUGAGAGCCACGACGGAGAGAAGGAUAAGGAUGAGGAGGAGAUGGACAGCGGAUACAACAAUUCCAAAGGGAUGGAGAAACACAGAUGUUCCACACCCAGGAACAGUGAUGUGUUGUUCAGACCUCAGGCUCCUGGGCUUGUGUCUGACCUGCUGAGUGAGCUGCACCUGUCAGACAGCCAGAAACUCAAACAGCAGCUGAAACAGGUGGAAAGAGAGAACGCCACUCUGACCAGCACAGUGCAGGAUCUCCAGCAGCAGUUAGUUCAAUCUAAGGAUUCCCUCAGUGAGCAACAGGUAAAGAUGGAACAGCUGGCACAAUGUUUGGAGACCCUUCAGAGCACAGUCUCAACAAGCCCGGCUCCCAGAAACCCUCCGAACCAAGAUGCUGAAAACGGUAUUAGUUACUACGAGGUGGAUGCUAAAAGCACAGAGGUGCUAGAGUCCCGCAUGCAUGCGGCAAACGAGAAGCUUGCGCGUCUUCGUGAGGAACUGAAGGUGGCCAACGAGCACUCCAAAAUCCUUGAAAAACGCUGCAAGCAGGAAAAGGAAUGCUGGAGGUGCGAAGCAGAAGAUCUCGCUAACAAACUUCGACAAUGUAUCGCUGCCAGCCGUCAGGACCAGGAGCGAAUAAGACAGCUGGAGCGGGAAAUUGGUGCCACGAGGCAGGUCGCCACAGACUCUGAAGGUCAUCUUAGUGUUGCACAGGAGGAGCUUCUAGCAUUUUCUGAGGAGCUCGCCAACCUUUACCAUCACGUGUGUGUUAGUAACAACCUAACACCCAGUCGAGUGACGCUGGAUUACUAUCGUGAUGGAGCGCAACCUGGAAGAAUGAAUAACCACUCACAGCAGCAGCACCACUAUCACGGAUCAUUCCGGAGACACAGGCAGUCGGGAGACAUGUUUGCAAAAGAUUCCUCCGCUGGAGAGAGGGACAUAAGUAAUGGAGACACGUCCUCCAGCUGUGGGAGUUGUCCAGGGUCUCCUACACUAGACUUCAGGGACCCAACCAAUGUGCGUAAUCUAGUGGCUAUCAUACGCUGCCAGAUUAAACACUUGCAGGUAGCGGUAGACUUGUGCAGGCAGCGUAACCCGAUGUCCCACCCAGCAGCAGGAGGCAGCACCGAAUCAGAGCGUGACAUAGAGGCACUGGUUGAGGAAGUUUUAAAGCUCAAGUCUCUCCUGAGCACCAAGAGAGAGCAGAUAGCCACUCUCAGAACUGUCCUAAAAGCCAACAAACAGACUGCAGAGUUAGCCUUGAACAACUUGAAGACCAAGUAUGAGACAGAGAAGAGCAUGGUGUCCGAGACUAUGCUGAAGCUGAGAAAUGAACUGAAGGCACUAAAAGAAGACGCUGCCACCUUCUCAUCCCUGCGGGUGAUGUUUGCAAGCAGAUGUGACCAGUACGUAACCCAAUUAGAUGAGAUGCAGAGACAGCUCGCGGCCGCCGAGGAUGAGAAAAAGACACUCAACUCUCUUCUGCGUAUGGCUAUCCAACAAAAGCUGGCGCUGACUCAGCGGCUUGACGAACUAGAAGCACCCGUCCACCCUCUCAGCAACGGCAGCAGCCCCCGGCGCUCUCGAACCAAACACCUGACCAAAUCAGGCCUAGCCCCACGAAGCCCCAUGAGAAACAGCCAACGCUCCAGCCCGGUGCUGGUUUCCGCUGUUUCACCCAACAUGAGCAGCCACACGAGGCAGCUGUCACGCAACAUUCACUACAGCCCUAGAUGAAAACCUCAUUGUCUACCCCCUCUGUGCUCCCGUGUCUAUGUGGACCGUGUUCAUGCCCAGCUCAUGAACACUCAUACCCUACAGUCCUUCCCCAACAUCCUCAUCCCAGACCACACCUCAUCGUACCUGUCCUACUUUGCCUCAUGCCUGGUUUUUCAUUUUGCAUCUUAUUAUUUGUUUGAAUCAAGUGUUGUUCAGCUUCAAGACAUUGCAAGCUGAACAUUGUCAUGUUGUCUCAUAAUGGCAUAUUAUUAUUAGAACGAUUUCACUGAUUUAUGAACAGUGUACCGCACCAAAUACAUUCCUGAAGAUCAGUAUUGUUUUAAUUCUGACUGACUGACGUUUUCAUACGUUGAUUUGUUUUAGUUUUUGCCAGCUAUCAUGGAGGACAUUCCAUUAAGAUUAUUAAUAUAUUUUAGUUAACAUUCUACAUGUUGUUUAUUUACAUUUGUUUUAUUUACAGCGGCAUGUUUAUUAACUGUCAUUCAGACCUCAUCAAACUUCAUUUUGUCUUGUGCGGUGUUUAGUUGAGUGAUAUUAGUUUUCAUGACCUUUAAAGAUACAGUGACACAGUCAACAAAUCUUUUGUAUCCAACAACAGACAGAACUGUCAACUAUGCAGGAAUAUAAAGAAUUUGCUGCUAUUAGCUUGUGCAAAAGAAUCUACCAAACUGCCAGUUUUGCUGCCUACAGCACAGGGUUAUUGACCAGCACUGUUAGACUAAUAACAUUAUAAUAGAUUAUAGGAUAGAGGUAAAUCACUUUUCAUAUUGUGGAUAAAUUAAAACGGGACAAAUAAUAGUGCCUUAUUUUGGAGUGAAAACAUACUUGAUUUAACAUUUGAUUUAUUGAAAAAAGUGGUUUAGGUCGUUUUAAAGAUGUGCGUGCACCUGUAGAUGUUGUUACGUUCCUUUGCAACAGGCUUGUUUUGUUGAAAGCUACGCCUUUGCAAGAUUAGUAUUACACUGUUCUUGUCAGAACUUUGUGUAUAUUUGUGUAUUUGAGACGUGUGUUGACUUGCCCGUCUACACAUCUUAAAUUCAUCUCUGUCAAGAUAUUUCAAUAAUGCUUCCCUUUGUCUUUUUUAACUUGAAUUUUAUUGUUGACCUAAAACUUUAUUGUAGCAUGAAAAAUCUUGUUAAUAUUAAAUAUGUAACGUAAAAAUAAAAUCGUUUCAAUGUUUGUUUGUUUCUCUCUGUGCAUUACUGAGGAUGUGAAUGGCAGUCACUGUACGUUACAUGUGUAU